AUGGCUGGCACAAAGCUAAUAUCACUAGGGCUCAUUGUCCUCAUGAGCUUGGGAUUAGCCAAUGCUGUAAGGGUGGCUAGAUACUCUAGUGCUGAUGGGACCGGCACCGGAGGGGGCGGGCGGCGAUAUCUGCGAAUGGUGGUGGAUUAG